AUGGCUGCCACCGCGCUCGGUCAGAGCGUCUUCCUGGGGGUCGCCCCCCGCGUCGCCGCCAAGGCGCCGAAGCGCGGCCGGAAAGCCUCGCCCGCGCCCGCCGCCGCCGCCGCCGACCUUCGCGGCGACGACGGCGACGACGCGCGAGCGACGACGACGACGACGCGCGUUCUCAAGACCGCGUCCGUCGCGCUCGGCGUCUCGCUCCUCCUCGAUCAGUCCUCCGCGGGCCCCGCGCACGCGGUCACCGCGCGCCUCGAGGGCACGGAGACCGCGCGCGUCCUCGAGGCGGCCGCGGACGUGAAGAAGGGGAAGAAGCCCUCCUCUCCCGCGACCGCGCCGGCGACAACGGUGAAGCGCGCCGUCCCCGCCUCCGCGGGCGGCCGCGCCGUCCCCGGCGUGCGCGCGUCGUCGGCGGCGCUGCCGGAGGUGAAGUACGAGGUUCCCGCGCCGGUGAAGAAGAGCGCGGCGUCGUCGAAGGCGGUCGUCGCGUCGGACCCGGUCGCGGACUUUUACGCGACGUACGACGUCCCGGUCGCGAAGCCGGUGACGAAGGCGGUCGCGACCAUGCCGGUCGCGGCGCCCGCGGCCGCGCCGAAGAAGGCGGCGGCACCGACGCCCUCGAAGCCGAAGCCGUCGUCGUCGUCGUCGUCGUCGAAGGCGUACUCGAGCGCGCAGGUCGUGAAGACCGCGCCGAUCCCGAAGACCGCCGGUCAGUCGUCGACCGCGAAGGUGUCCGGCAAGGCGGCGAAGGCGAACCUCGCGGAGCUCAAGGUGGAAGCCCCCGAGGCGACGAAGGGCGCGAAGCGAGGGAUGCAACUCAGCAAGGAGAAGCCGAAGACGCGUCUGGAGAAGAUCGCCGCCGGCGGCGGCCUCGCGGCGCUCGGGUUCGGCGCCGCGAAGGCGGGUGCGGGAGGCGCCGCGAAGGGCGCGGGCGCGAAAGCCGCCGUCGGCGCCACCGUCGUCGACGCGUACGAAGCCGCCGCGGUCGUCGUCGCCGGAGGGGCGGUCUCCGGCGUCGGGAACUCGGUGAUCGCGCGAAACUCGCGCGUGCGGAACGUGCGGAAGACGCCGGACGGGGAGCUGCCGCUGCCGAUUCAGACCGCGCUCGCGCUGUCGAUCCCGGCGUCGUUCGCGUUCACGAUCUUCCAGGUGCUCCAGUCGCUCUGA